AUGAUCGCUGGGCUCAUAUCUAUUCUAGAUUCGGAGAUCAUCCUGGCUAUCUAUGGCCGUGCUGGUUACCAAUAUUUCUACAAGCAGAAGCUCAUCAACAGCAUCGACUUUAUCAUAUUUGACCAACAGAACGCAAGCUGGCGUGUUUUAGGCGUACGUACGUGCAAUGAGAGAGCUUGGAUACUGCACUGA